GAUCAGAGAAACCUUAAUUCUCUCUGUCAUUGACGUGAAAAAAGGCUUACUUAAUAUCACUUGUCGAAUCUAGCUAGCCAUUCACCCAACGAUAUGUUUUAAGGUUCACGGCAAAGGAGUUUGACCUUCAAUGCUGCUGCUGUUGUUAUGCCAAAUGCAUCUUCUGUUCUUAACUUGAUACCAAUCUGCGGGUAAUUUGUCUAUCUCGUCCUUUCUUUGUCUCUCACUCUCACACACUCUUCCCUCCCCCCCCUCACCCCCCAUCUCUCUCUAUAUCAAUCAUCAAGCCUUUGCCAUGUCGACUUCCCCGGAGCAAGAGGCAUCAGCCUCAUCUACAACCGAUACCGCCGCAUCGCAAAAUAACCCUGCCAACAAUACAUCGGGAGAGGUCAAGGAGAAAGGCGCCGAGAAAACAAUAUCAUGUGUAUCGUGCAGACGGAGGAAAUUGAAAUGCGAUCGGGUCAAGCCCAAGUGCGGGACAUGUAGCAGGUUAAGACACGAGUGCGAAUAUCCCGAGAGGAGGAGGAAUAUAGGUACAAAGAGGAGAAAUAUGAAAGAACUGGAAGCUAGAUUGGCACAAGUGGAAACCCAGCUCGUGGCAGAGACGCAACAACUCGCUGCGAAUAAUGCGAAUAAUGCGAUUGAGAUGAACGUAAAUAUAAAUGCGAAUGCGAGUGGCACUGGGAGUGUAAACGCACAUACAAAUGCAAACGCAAACCCAGGCCCGGAUUGGAGUGCUACGAAUAUGGAUAUGGAGUUGAAUUUCACCAAUGAGGGAAUGCAAAACAUAGGAUAUGACAUCUUGAGUGGAAAUGUCGGGACUGGAUCUUCGGUACCAGCUGGAGACUACUUUUCCCAAGACGUCAUAAGUUUAGGACUACAAGAACCUCUGCCUCCCGAUAAUCUGAUGGAUGAAUUAUACCAAUUAUAUUUCGAGAGAUUUCAUCCAACUUUGCCUAUGAUACAUAAGGGCCGGUUCUAUGCCGCUCUGAAUAUGCCAACAAACUAUAGACCGCCGAUUGCUUUGCGAUAUGCUAUGAUGAUGGUAGCAGCAUCAAUUUCGGACAACUACCAGAGUUAUGCUGAAAUCUUCUACGAGAGGACCAGAAGAUACGCUGAGAUUACAGAGAUGAAGGGACAAGGACAGGCUUUGAUGUGCAUACAACUUGUUCAAGCUUGGGCGCUCAUCAGUAACUACGAGGCCACAAACGCCUAUUUUAGUCGAGCGUGGAUGAGUACUGGAAGAUGCGCACGAUUAUGCCACAUGCUUUCACUGCAAAGGCUUGAUGCAGAGGGGCCUUUUGGAGGAAAGAAAUUACUACCUACAUCAAAAGAUUGGAUCGAACUAGAGGAGCGUCGAAGAACAUUCUGGGCAUCCUACUAUGGUGACAGAUGGUCUAGUUGUGCUACCGGAUGGCCAAUGAUGUUUGAUGAGGACAAGAUCGAUACCAACCUACCAUGUUCCAAUGAUGCAUUUGAUUCAGGAGUGGAAGAGAACACAUGCUCGUUAGCUGCGGCAUUAACUCCCGAGGGUGCUUCUACGAUAUCAGCUUUUGCUGGAGUUAUACUGUCAGCAUGUCUGUUCGGUCGCAAUGCCCAUCACAUACAGAAGAGUGGUCCAGACGACGGUGCCAACGAUUUCGCCAAUGGUGAAUUCUGGAAGACCCAUAGGAAAAUGGACAAUAUACUGUCUAAUACAUUUAUGUUUCUGCCUGAUCACCUCAGACUACCUGCUGGACUAAGAGAUCCAAACAUCGUCUUUUUCCAUAUGAACAUACAUUGUGCAACGAUCUGUCUACAUCAAGGAGCAGCCUUGACUGCUGAGCGGGAAAAUAUUAGCCAAUCAGUUGUAAGCCAAAGCGAAGCGAGAAGUUUGAUGGCGGCCGAAGAAAUAACGAACCUGAUGCGCCUUAUCAGUCACCUAGAUGCAUCCAAGAUGACUUCAUGGAUAGGCUUCUGUCUUUAUGUUGCUUCUGGUGUUAUCCUCCAGGAUACAAAGAAAGACAGGCCAAAUCCACAAAGUUCCAGCAAUUUGGAAUUUAUGCUGUCAGCUAUGAAGGCUGUUGGAAAAAAGCACAUCAUUGCAAAACACUUUACUGCUCAACUUGAACUUGAGAUGAAAACACAGAGAGUCGAUCGCAAUAAUAUGGCAAACAGUAUUUAUGACUUGCAUAACUCGCCAGACGUAGACGACCCAGGCCUUUGCGUUUUCCCCCAUUCCUACCGACGGAAAGUUCCAAAAGUUAGUUCUUCGCGUAGCUCCAUUGAUACCGGUCAAACAGGAGCCAUGUCCAUCAAUACACCCCCUCAAGCCACACAACAAACACCAUUCGAUGUCAUCUCAAAAAUAGCACCUGCUUGGCCUUCCACAGCAAACUUCCCUCCAAAAUUAAAUCAGCAAGGGGACUCAGGAAGUGAAACAAUGGAUACUGACUUUAGUUGGCCUCAAACUGGAAAUACACCUUCUUCAGAAUCUUCGACUUCCAAUACAACAUAUCCGUAUCGCAACUCAAAAUCUACGGAUUCGAAUGCGAAUUGGGUUUUUGAUCCAGAAAUGAUACGAUUUACGAUAGAUCCAUUGGUGUUGAAUGUCCCGCGGAGAGAUGUGGAGAAUGAAGUGCAGGAUAAUGUGUUAUUAAAUGAUUUGUUAAAUGGUGCACCUUGGGAUAGUAAUUAUCAAAAUGCUGGUCAGGAUCCGCGGCACUCUAGUGGAUAGUGUUUUGAUUGAAUGCGAAGGAAACUUGUAUAAUUAAUACAUGUAUAUAUACAUACUUAGGAAUCUCCAAAUAUUAGACAAGAUUUCCA